GACAUCAUUGGUCAUUUAGAGACUACGUCAUGUGACUCCCUGGCAUGGCCUUCACCGUAGCGCACGUGUCUGAUUUGCGAUUCAAGAGAUCAACAUAGUGAGGAAACCCAAGUCGUGUUGCCAAAGCAAGUAGAAAGAGUGACUCGAAGCAUCUAAAAGGUCAAUGUCGGGGAACGUCGCUCAGCUGCGGAAUGACUCCUUCCUUCUCAUAAUUCAGCCCCGCAGCUCCUCUCCCGUACGUUAUCUCCUUUUCCCGUCUGAGUUGCGCUUAGCGUCUGCCCGGCAGGGAGUUCCCGGAGUACACCGGAGCUGAGCGAUUCUGACAGGAAGCGGCGCACUACCUGCCGAGGGAGCCGGUGUACCACUGGUGGUAUUUGGAAAACACUUUGGAAAGUACUCCGCUACCGAAAAUUGUUUUGUUUUGUUUCCCCCCUCCACCACCAUGCCCGUCAUUGUGUCGGAGGAUGGGGAGAGGCCAGGCGGCCGCCUGACCGUCGUUCCGAUCUCCCACAUCAGCACCGACGUGAACCACGACCACCACUCGGUCACGGGCAGAUUGGUCCACAAAGGUCCCCUGGUUUCGUCGUCAAUUUACGACUUCAUCCUGAAGGCCGCCAUCGAAGAAGGCAACUCCAGCCCUCAGGAGACAUCGUCCAUCAACCUCGUCCUGCUGGGGGCGCUGGCCAGUGACUUCUCUCAGUUUGUCAAUCAAGGGGACGUGGUGACGGCCUCCGGCUUCUUGGUGAGCAAAUCUCCUACGGCUCAAAAGGACAAACGGCACGCGUGCAACCUGCUGCUGUCGGGAGACCAGGCCUUCAUCCAUGUGUUGCGGUCUCCGCCCCAUGACCUCACAUCUCCAGGCCAAGCCAAGAGAAAGAAACGUUUUCCUCCUGCUGCGGUUGCCAGUCCUACAAAGUCCACAUACGUCAGGAUCGCGGAGCUGAAACCCGGAGCCGUGGUCAAUGUGUACGGUGUGGUGGUCUUCUUCAAACAGCCCUUCAAGAGCCGCGGCUCAGACUUCUGCUACAGCCUGAAGAUCACCGACCAAUCCCAGCAAAAUAUUGUCUGCACCAUUUUCUGCCCCAAACUGGAGUUGCUGCCCCAAAUCUUCCGAAUCGGCGACAUCGUCCGCUUACACCGAGUCAAGACUAAGAUGUACAAAGAUUCCCUAAAUCUGGUCAACUGGUUUGGCUUCUCCGCACUAACCUUUAACGGGACGGUGGGCGCUGAGAUGAACCCUCGGACCUCCAGCAAGACCUUCCACUUCACCGAGGAGGACCGUCGCAUCGUGACGGAACUGCGAUCGUGGGUGGCCGGCCGGGAUCUUCUGCCCCCGGACCUCACCGUCCCGCUGUCUGCCGCUAAGCCCGGAAUGUACUUCAACCUCACCUGCCAGCUGCUGGCCAAAGCACCCGUCAACAUCACCUGCACUCUGCUUCGGGUGUGGGACGGGACCCGGUGUCCUCACGCUCUGCUGGAAGUGACGGUUGACGCAGACGUCGUGGAGGGGCCGCGCUCCUUCCCCGAGGAGCACGAGAAACUCAUUGCCAACGUGCUGGUGUUCGACAACCACGUGCAGUCCGUACAGCAGCUCAAGCCUGGAGACUUCUUGAGAAUCUUCAACCUGCGGGCCAUCGCGGGUUGCGUCAAGGUUCCGGGGCUAACCAGCAGCCAGGUGGGGGUGCUCAACCAUCUUUCCUUCCACCUGCACGGCGGCACGGCAUACGGCAGGGGCGUACGCCUUCUGCCCGACGACAGCCCCGAGGUUCAGGAGCUCAAGAGGCUGACGGAGGCCGUCCAGGACGACACCAACAUCAACGACUCGGCACUGUGGGACGUUUGGAAGACGCCUCCAGAGACUCCUGAGCGCGAGGCGUCAGCGGAAUUCAGAACCGAGAACAGUUGCCGUCACGACGUCGACCGGGUGACGCUGUGCGAGCUGCGGCGUCGCCGGCCCGCCGGCUUUCAUCACGUCAGAGCACGCGUGCAGUCCUACCGACCCCGCAGACUCUACCAGGCUCUCAAACUCUACUGCAGCAAGUGCACCUCCAUGCUGGAGGUCCCCGACGACAAGCGCGUGGCGAGCGUGUUCUGCGAGGCUUCGGCCGACCCGAGGGGGCCCCGCCGCCCGCCGCCCUGGUCCCUGUCCGGCCAGGUCCGCCUGCCCGACGACCUCGCGGCGGAUGAGCCCGGUCGCGCGCUGGACGUUCACGUAUCGGCGCAGCUCACGUCGGAAGGGAAGACGAAGGAGCUCCUCUUCCUCGGGGGUUCCACAUUACAGGAAGCGCGUCACCUCGCUGCCACGUACCGCAACGUGGUCCCCGUCAGGUCGUCACCGGGGGGUCAUCUGGCGCCGCUGGACCUGAGCGCGCCGUUCAUCUUCCGAGGAAGAAAGAGCUUCUACGGGUGUAAGCGGUGUUCCAAGGUGGCCGCCAUUACAGAACCGACAGCUGAUGGGGACAAAACGAUUGACGAGAAGAUCAUCGCUGAAGCGUUUGGCAUCCACCUUCUGAAGUGGGUCCUGGUGCUGGAGUUCCGUCUGCAGGACGCCGGCGGCACGUUGGACGCGUACCUGUGGAGAGACGCGGAGUCUUUCUUCAAUGUGUUGGCGGAGGACGCAGCAGCCGACCAGGAGGCUCAGGACAGAAUCCAACGAACGAUGGACUGGAUUUGUCCACCGGAGGGCAGUGCUGGCGAACGGCCGUGGCUGGACUUGUGUUUGGCUGCGUACCAAACCGAAGACGGGGAAAACGGAAAGGAGCAAACCUCCUACCAGAUCUGUCACACGAGCGCACCCUCACACCAACACCUUCAACUAUGACCACUUUCAUUAUUUUCAAAAUGACAGCUCUGAGGACCCUUCAUCAUGUGACGUCCCUUCAAAAUAAGUCAGGUGCAACCUGUGUGUGUUUCAUCUUCAUUCUAAUUUUAUUACAGGUUUCUUAACAUUUGUUUACACUUCCGUUAAUAUUAAAUAAAGUUCUGAU